GUUUCAAUCGACCUCUUUAUCUACUCAUUUUGAUUGGUGUACAGCAACUCAUGUAAAGGAAAGGGGGGAUCUUCUUUACCCUUCCAUUGAAUCGCCGCCUACGAAAGAUAAAAAGAUGUAUAAAAACUUUUUCUUUUUCUAUUCCCUUUUCCUUUUUCUCCAAAGAAUGACAGCAGAAGAUUUAUUAAAUGUUAUUGAAGAAAUUAAAACGAAAGUCUUGAUUCAUAAAAAGAAUCAAAGGGAAUCAAUCGAUGGCAUCUUAUCUAAACUAGAAGAAUUAAUAGAAUUAUCGACGCAUGUUUAUUUAGACCUUAAUUAUACAGAUAUAGAACAAAGAGAUCAUUGUGCUGUCAAUUUUAAUGAUAUUAGGAGAGCAAAUGACAUCACCAAUUCACUUUUAUUAAAGAUCGUAUCCUCAGAUAUCACCUUUGAUGACGAUCAUGAUGAUGAGCGUAUAGAAAGAGCUUCUAGAAUACUGGCUCAUAUGUCUGGUAGAGGAGCUGCGGGAUCUAUUGUUCGUAAAUGGCAUAUUCCGUAUCUGAACCCAGAUGGUGAACGGAAAGAAUGGACAAUCCAACUACAUGAGCCCUGUUAUAUAGGAAAUGACAUAGGCUUCAAGACAUGGGGUGCAGCACCUUUACUAGCCAAAAGGCUUGUGCAAGAAAAUUUAAUACCACAUCUAUCAGACAGCAGAGUGCUUGAAUUAGGUACUGGAACAGGCAUGGUUGGUUUAGUUUGUGAUCUGCUGGGUGCACAGCAAGUACAUGUCACAGAUUAUCAUCCAAGAGUAUUGGAGAAUGUUGCUUAUAAUAUUCAACUCAAUCAAUCAAGGGCUACCUUUUCUAAGCUAGAUUUCAUUGAAGUAGCAAAUGAUCAAGGAAAGCAAGAGACAUAUGAUAUUGUCAUCGCAAGUGAUUUACUUUAUGAAAUGGAGCAUGCGAAAUACUUGCCAAUAGCUGUGAACAAGCUGGUGAAAAACGAAUUUUAUUUCAUGAUACCUUUAAGAGAUACUCACUGGGAAGAAGUCGAAUGCUUUCAGACCACGAUGAACUCCAUGCCUGACCUAACUCUAAUAACCACCGAGGAUUUUAAAAUAGAUGAAGAGUUGGAAGGUAUUGUCUGUUAUCGCUAUUACCAUUAUGCAAGGAGCCAUAUGAUUCAAUAGAUCAAGAAACAUGAAUAAAUAAAAUAUUAGCAACUGUUGUCUGUCUGCUCUUUUCUUCCCUUUAUGCCAAAGACGCCUCCUCUUUUGAUGCCAAAUGAUUGGUGUUUACAAGAAGAUAACACUUCUUCAAACAUGUUUGAUGUCGAAGAAGAAGAGGAAGAUAAUAACCAAGAGAUGAUAAGCAAUGCUACAUUCACUGUUCAGAAUAGAGACGACAGUAGUCAACAUAUACAAAAUCACCAAGAGAGCCAGGCACAAGCCAUUUCCUCUGCCAAUCUGUUCCAUAGAGCAAAUACUCAACAAGAUCAUGACAGUGAGUUAGAUGAAGAAAGCUGGGAAACCAUCGUACAUGGGCUUCAAGGUGAAUUUGCAUCUUAUUUGGAAGAGUAUUCACAGAUUAAAAGG